AUGUCGAUGCUGCAGCGCAGUCCUAACCAAACCGUCUCCCGCGCUGCUAUGCCGGCUGUGCAAGGUGCUAGGGUCGGGGGGGACUGUGCGUGUGCGACCGGGUGUCUGGCGGCUGGCGCGUUGGAGAGCGAACGAAUGGGUGCAGAUGGGUCGGAUACGGCACGUGCAAGAGCUGGUGGAGGAGAUUCGCUCGCGCGGACUGCUGCUCAUCGUUUGACAAGCCCCUCGCUGCUCCUCAACCUGCCGGUGGCCCUCGGGAUCCUCGCCGCUGCUCGCUGGCUCAUGCUUGAGGUGCAGGCGCGGGCCAAUGCCAGCCUGCCACGUGUGCACUACGAGCAGGUGCACGCGCCCUUCCAGCCAAUCACGACCGCCGACGCCCUCCCGCGGCCGUCAGAGCCGGCUGGGCUGGCGCUGGUGGGAUCGCCGCUGGUGGAAGCCUCCCUUGACGAGUUUGUGCGCUCCAUUAUACGGGACUUUGUGACGAACCAGUUCUAUGCGUACCUGACGCCGGACAGGGAGAUGCCGGAGGAGCUGCGGUGUGUGCUGCUGGCCGUGCUGGGGGAGGUGGCACGGCGGGCCAAGCGGGUCAACCUCGUUGCGCUGCUCACCAGGGACGUGGUGGGAGCGGUGGUGGGGGCAAUGGAGCAGUACCAGCGUGCAUGUGCGGACAUGGGCGAGGGCGAGGGCGAGGGCGAGUGGAGGCGGGUGGCGGCAGGGGAGAGGGAGGAGCGCCUCAAGCACACCCUGGGGGCGUCGGGCGACCUGCACCCUGCAUGCCUCUCUGUGGAGUGCGAAUACAAGGCGGGUGGGAAGCACAAGGUGGUGAGAAAGCUAGUGGCAGCACUGUUGGCGCUGGUGCUGCCAGCCAGCGACGCACAGAGCAACGUGGUGCGUUGCAUGGCUCGAGAGCUCCUCUCCUGCUGCGUGCUGCUGCCCUCCCUCAAGCAGGCCAACCCGCGCCGCAGCAGGCGCAUGCGGGCCACAGGGUCGCCCAGUGGAGGCUCAUUCGGGGGAGGCGUAUCUGGUCCAGGUGGGACGUACGGGGCAGGUGCAUUCGGGGGAGGUGCAUCUGGUGGUAGGGGCAGCAGCAGCAGCAUGCGGCGGCGUGCUGUAUUGGGGUUGGGGGGAGACAGUGCGGGGGACGAUGACAGCCUGGCAGAGGGCACCAGUGACGGUGGCGUGGUGGGCAUGGGCUUCAGCACGGAUGAGGAAAACGGCUCCCCUGAUGCUGAUAGCUCUUAUCCUGCUGGUCACGGUGGCGGUGUUGCUGCUGCUGCGGGUGCUGGGCCUGGUGGCAGUCGGGGUGGUGGAGGAGUAAGAGAGAAGCGCAGACCUGGUGGAGGGUUGGGAGCAGCUGAUUUGCCUCAGAUUGCGCCUCCCCAUGCCAUGCCUCCCCAGGAUAAGCCUCCCCCGGGCCGUUCCCCUGGGCUGCUGCAGCCUAUGAGUGCAUCUUCCUCAAUGGCGUCCCUGGCCCCUCAGCUCAUCGCCGCCACACCCCUUCCUCCGCACCCCUCUGGCCCCUCCGGUGGCUUUAAUGGCUCUCCUGGGUUUGGGGGGUCGGGUGGGUCGACUGCUGGUGGUGGUUCGGGAAGCCAAGGCAUGCUGAGCAGCAGCGGCGAGAAGCACGGCGGCUUUUCUUUGCACUCCCACCAGCCCUCAAGCGAUUCGGGCUAUGCCCGGCCUGCUGCACCUGCUGCUGCUAGAGGCUCAUCUCACCACAUUCCGCCUCCUUCUCCCGAUCCAUCUGGUCCGUUUGUCCACUCCAACGACGGGGCUGUUGUAGCUGCUAUUGAUGGGGCUGAUGAGGUGGCGCCGCGGCGCGGGAGAAAGGCAAGGAGGGAGAGGGAGGUGGAAGGGAAGGUGUUUGGCCGGGUGAAGAGUGAGCCGUGUGAAGCGAGUGAAAUGGGUGUGGCAGGUGGGAGGAGCAAGGGCGAGGAGGUCGCAAUGCGGUUACCAGGUGACGAUGCUGACUUUGUGCAGGCGUUGAAGCGGUACGAGCAGCGGCAGCUGCAGGUGCUGGACAGCGAGCAGAUUGACAAGCUCUGGUACACCGAUGGGGUGCACUCCCACUCCCACUCCCACUGGCACAGCCACAGCCACAGCUCACACGCAGGCAGGCAUGAGGCAGGCGCACAGGUGGUUGUUAACCAGUGCAAGGAGGAAUCUGUUGAGAAUGGUGGCUGGGAACGACAGCAUGGCAGCAAGGAGUCUAUUCGGAAUGGUUGCGAGGAGCCAGGUUGGAAGGGCGCGACGGAAGGAGGCGGUUGUAGCAAGGGCGUUGGACACAGUAAGAGCUGCCAGGAGGUUUACUAUAGGGAGAGGGAGGGAGGAGUUGCGCCUGGGGAGAAGCAAGAAUCCCUUAUGGGGAUUCACAAGCAGCAGCAGCAGCAGCAGCAGCAGCAGCAGCAGCAGCAGGCUGCUCCCCCACAGGUUGCCCCCCUGCACUCGCAUGAGGCGACGAGGAACGGCGGCAAGCGAGAGCGAGAGAGGCCUGUGAAGGGGGAAAAAUUCUGGAGGGGUGGGUCUGUGAAGGAAGAGAGAGGGAUGACUGACCCCACGAAAGCUGCUGCUGGUACCGCAGGCAGUGGUGCUGGAUGGAGAACGAAGGAGAAGGAGCGCGAGAUGCUAUGGGAGGGUGUGUGCUCGGACGAGGAGUUAGGCGGUUUCAGGAGAACUGCUGCUGGUAACGCUGGUGCAGGUGGUGGUAACAAUGGCGGUGGUAACCGCAACGAUGGCGCAUGCAGCGGGAGGUGGAGCGAGGAGCUGGAGAUUGGGGUGGCGGUGCGCGGGCUGGGGUUUCUGGUGGAGCAGUCGCCUGGUACAAUGCAGAUGAUGCAGAGGAAGGGCGCUGGAGGAGCUGGAGAGGACGGGGAAGGAGGAGGAGGAGGAGGAGGAGGAGGAGGAGGAGGAGGAGGAGGAGGAGGAGGAGGAGGAGGAGGAGGAGGAGGAGGAGGAGGAGUUGGUGGUGGGGGUGGAAGAGGAGGGGUGGAUGCAGCUUGGGGAGGAGGUAGAGGGGCUUUGUCUGCUGUGAACGAGGCUGGAAGGGUGAGGCAGGGAGUGGGUUCGAGUACAGGUGGGGCGACGAAGGGGGUGUCAGGGCCGCAGCAGUCGCAGACACAAGGCGGCUGGGCGGGUGUGUGGGCCACCAGCGCGUUCUGGUCAUCAUCAUCAGCAGCAGGGGGAACAACAGCAGGAGAUGUCACAGGUGGCACAGGUGGCACAGGUACAGUGGGUAAACCACAGGUGGCCACUGCAGCUGCAGGGACUACUGCAGCGGGUGCAGCCGUAAAAGGACCAGUGGGAGCGGUCGGAGAGGCAAACUGGAGCCAAGGCGAGACGAGGCCCAGUGCAGGAUCAGCAGCAGCAGGAGGAGCAGGAGCAUCAGCAGCGGGGUCUUGGCUGAGCUUCAUAGGCGCAGGGCCCAGGUCAGACCCGGGAGGCAGAGCAGCAGGUGCAGGCAGGGACACGGCUGGAGCUGCAAACACAGCUGCUGGGGGAAUGGGUCCUGAGGGGGGGAUGCGUGCACGGGUGGGGCGUGGGAGGGGGAGUUCCGUUUCAGGGGCAGGGGGUCAUGCAGGGUCUGGCUCACAGGGGGAUGCGGGUGGGCAUGAUGCGCGGUCGGUGCUGUCUGCUGCUGCUGCCACUGCUGGGUGGGUGGAGCGGAAUCUAGCCGCGUUUGGGCUGGCUGGUGCGUUUGGGAUGCGAGGUGGGGUUGGUGGGGGCACAGGUGAGAAGGGGACGGGAGGGACGAGUGGUGGAGAGGUGGGUGGAGUGGGUGGUGGUGGAAGUGGGGAUGAUAGGGUGCUGCUGGCUGAAGCAGCAGAGAGGGAUCCGUUGAGUGUGGUGCGGCAGUGGGAGGAGGAACAGGAGGUGGAGGGAGUGAGGGAGAGGCGUGAGUGGGAGAAGCAGGAGGAGCGGCAGCAGGAGCAUAAGCAGCAGGAGCAGAGGUGGCGACAGCAGGAGCAGCAAGGGGCGGUGCAGGGAUGGCAAUCAGGAUACGGGCCUGGGGAAGGGAAGUACACGGCUGGAACCUUCUUAGACUUGGAGGGCUUGGGCAUGGAAGAGGAGGAGGAGGAAGAGGAAGAAGGAGGAGGGAUGCUGCUGAGCGCGCGUGUGAAGAAGGGGCGCGGUGUGAUGCGUGCAUGGGACGGCCCUGGUAGUAGAAUCAGGGGCAGUGGCAAUGCCGUGGGGGGUGGGAUAGGGGAAGUGGGGGGAGUGGGGGGAGUAGGGGAGGAGGCGAGGGGGCAAGGGCUGCGGCCGGCGUGGUUGCUGGAGAGUGAGUGGCUACAGCAGCAGCAGCAGCGGAGGGAGGAGGAGCAGGCUCAGCUGGAGAUGCAGCAGUACCUGGGCAUGGGGCAGGGGGGUGAUAGCAGGGGGCAGGCGGGUGGGAGCAGGGGCGAGGAGGGGAGCAAGGAGAUGCGUGCGUUUGGAGAGGGCAGACAGAUGCACGCACAGAUCGUGGGGGCGUUCUCAGCGGAGGCAAGGGGCGAGGCCAUAGUGGGUUACUCCAUUGCAGUCACAGGCCUCGAUGGCUCCGCUUGGAUCGUCCGCCGCAGGUAUCGCAACUUCUGGCAGCUGCACCAGCAGCUGAAGCGGCGCAGCCCGUCAGCAAGCAGCCUGCAGCUGCCGCCCAAACGGUUCUUCCACGGCGGGCGCGACGAGGAGCUCAUUCGCGACCGCCUGCUGCAGCUGCACGCUUAUGUCAAGGGCAUCAUGGCCCGCGAGGAGCUGGCCACAUCACCAGAGGUUAUCGACUUCCUCUCCCCUGACUCCAAGGCGUUUGAAUCCCACAUCACCGUGUCAAAGGCCAUCUCCUUUGCCUGUGAGCAUUCCUCCCCCGCUGCUGCAUGGUCUGGUCUGAUUCCUUUUGCCUCCUCCCCCCUCCUUUUGUCGAUGUUGCCCUCCCUAUUACGCUCUUUUGGUGCACCUUACCAUCUCCCUUCCGUUUUCUCCACUCGCUUCCCUCCCUCCUCUCAACCCCUCUCCACCAUCCCUCCACCACCACCCCCCUCCCCCCCCUUCCCCACCGCUCCUCCUUUCUCCCGCCCUGCUCUCCUUUCCCUUUCCCCCACCCUGCCCUCCUCACUGCUUCUUCUAUUCCUUCUUGUGACAGACGAUGUGCAGUGGCAGCGCGUUAAAAGCACGUCCCAGCUGCAGCUGCUCUCCACCAUUGCUACUAGCGGGGAUGACACUAGCUCUGUUGCCACUUCCCCUCGCUACAGUCACCGCCCCUCCCGACCAACCAGCAGCCGCCACGUGGGGGAGGUGGGUGAGGAGGAGGCGGCUAGAAGAGCAGCGAUUGGACGACAGAGACGAGAAUUUGGCAGUGAUGGUAGUGGGAGGAGUGGGGAAGGAGGUGGUGGUGGGUGUAUAGUGGGGCUGCACGGUCGAGAGGAGUUGAGGAUGGUGAAAGGAAAGGGCCGUCCUUCUACGGUUUGGGAGGGAGUAGGGGAGUGGUCAGAGGGGAUUCGAGAAGAAGGGUGCGAGACGGGGGAUGAGGAGGAGGGCGAUGGUGGGGUAUCGGGAGAGGAGAGAGGAGAUGCUUGGGCUGGGCGGGAGAUUCGUAGUGAGGGAGGGAGGAGAGAGGCUGACGGGAGGUUGAAGAGGCGUGUGGGGCCAAGGGGUGGGAGCACGAUCGGUGGGAGUCUGGUGGAUGGAGGGAUGAGGGGUGGAGGUGAAGGGAUGGGCGGGGAGAGGGAUGCGGAUGGGGAGGACGAUGUGUUGAGCUAUGGAUCGAGACAGAGCCUUGGCGGCCUGGAGUAUGACCUUCAGCGGGCGCAGGGGGCAGGGGACGAGGAAGGAGGGGUGAAGCAGCAGAAGGUGCAGCAGCAUGGAAGCUCGUGUGAGACCUCUGAAGAUGACCUGUGUCAACAGGGUGCUGCCCGUGUGCCUGGGGAUGGGCAUGGGGAUGGUAUCAGAGGUGGGCGUGGCGAGUCAGGUUUUGUUGGGAGAGGUGAAGCUCCGGCAGGGCUGUUUGAAGAAGAUGGUGAUGGUGAGGAUGAUGGUGAUGGUGAUGAGGAGGGUGAGGGUGGGGUGGUGGUGGGAGCAGUCCCUCGACGUGGCUUGCAUGUGCCAGCAGAGCAAGGAGGAGCCGUGGAUCGAGGAACCGAGGAAAGGGAUGGUUCUGUCAGAAGGCACGAUGGGGGGAGUGCACUGGAUGCGACCGUUCCUGCUGAUUGGACUGCUGCGAAGCUGAGUGCACCACUCCUGCGCCUGGUGGAAGUGCUGCUGCACCUCGACGACCACGGCUGGAUUAGGCGGCAGGUGGUGUGGGUGGCGAGGCAGGUGUUGGAGCUGAGCAUGGGGGAUGCCAUUGAUGACUUCCUGCUCUCGCAGAUCCAGAAACUCCGCACUGAAUCCACCGUUGCCACCAUCAUUCGCUCCCUGCACCAGCCUUCUUUGUUUUUGUAG